CACUUCCAGUCGGUGUGUAUGGCGUCGCAUUUUCCAGUCCAGGAAUAUUCGUUCGGCUGUCAAAUUAACGCGGAACAUAGAGAAUGUGUCAACAAAUUUACAAUGGCAUAACAAAAAAAUUCGAUUUCAUGUGAAUAUUGUAUCAAUUGUAGCCAUUUUUAUAGAAAAAUGUAAUCUGGAAUGGCGACCCAUUAAUCCGAGUGUAGUGAAACAAAAAUUACGAGUCAACUAAUAAAUCUCUUUGCGGUGUGAACAUUUUUGGGCUGUUGUUUGUAGGUGAAUACGUAAAAAAACACCAAAAUUCAGUGACGCGAUUUACAAAUUCUGGUUAUUUUGUAAAGUGUUCAAAAGCAUCGAUUGAAAAUGAAUGAUUCGACGGUAACGAAUGCAGUCGGUUUUAAUUUGAACAAUGGACAAACCAUGGCUAAACCGCUGUACAUUCAACGGCUCGAAGCCAGUCUGAAUAUCGAACCAUUUAUGACAUACGCACAAGAGAUUCUGGCUCAACCUCUGUCCAGCAGCGAAGAGUCUGACUCUGAUGUCAACACCGAUAUUCUGGCGCCCGAUGAGAAAAUUAUGAAUGGCAUCGUCACAUCGAAAUGCGAUCGGCAAAAUGAUAAACUACAAAUCUAUAAUUUGUCACAAAUUGGGCCGGAUCGAAAGUGGCUGCAGGACAUAUUGCUCAGCGAUACAGAAACGGAACCCGAACCAUCCGAUGAGGACGAGUACAUUCGUGAUAUGCUGAAAGAGCAUGUUAAAGAGAAGAAAGUUCGAGCAAAAUACUAUCAAAAUCCUCACAACUCACAAUAUGGCUACUAUGGUGCGAGCAUUCUGUCAAAUGUGGACAUGUAUCACGAACAUCAGCGCAAAAUCGUGGGUAUAACAAAGAAAAAGAAGGAAAAACUCACAAAGACUGGCAAAUAUCGAAAGUCAAAGAAGAAGCGUGGCGUGAAAGCCGAAAAUAAUUUGGAACCCGGUGAAAUCGUUUGGGAUGACGAUAUGUCGUUGACAAAGGAUGAUUCAAAUGAUCGUGGCGAUUUUAAAGGUGAGAUUGCCCUCACGAAAAAGCAACGAAAGAAAAAUGCACUGAGUAAAACACCGGAAGCAAUUGCGGCCCGCCGUCGGAAAUUGUGGAUUUUAAUGGCGAAAAAAGAGCUGGGCAAAGUGCAACGGGCGAAAGUGAACAAUCACAAGGAAAUUGUGAGCAGUUGUAAGCGUAUUUCGACGCUAUGCAUGAAAACGUUCCGACAGAAGGCCAUGCAAUCGCAAAAAAAUAUGAAGGAAACGAUAUGGCGUGCCAAGAGAUUAACCAGAGAAAUGCAAGGCUAUUGGAAGCGAUAUGAUCGUGUCGAACGAGAGACAAAACGACGCAUGGAAAAAGAAGCCGAAGAACAGCGAAAGAUGGAUAUCGAACUCAUUGAAGCGAAGAGACAACAACGAAAGUUGAACUUCUUGAUUACGCAAACGGAAUUGUAUGCGCAUUUCAUGUCGAAGAAAUUGGGCAAAGGUACCGAAGAGGAGCAGUUGCGCAUUCUAAAUCAAUUGGAUGAAGAGGUGAAUCCUCGACUGGCCGCUCUAGAUGACUAUAACAGCGAUAAAAUGAAGCAAUUGGCACAGAGACAGGCAAAAGAAGCAUUCCAAACGGAACGCGAACGAACAAAAAAGUUUGAUACACUGAAUAAACAGGACCCACUGUCACCAUUGCAACUGCACACUGACGGCAGCAUAGAGGAAUUACCACAGCCAAGCAUAUUCCAGGGUGUCCUAAAGGGCUAUCAAAUCAAGGGAAUGACAUGGUUGGCCAAUCUCUAUGACCAAGGCAUUAGUGGCAUUCUAGCCGAUGAAAUGGGUUUGGGAAAGACUGUUCAAUCAAUCGCAUUUUUGUGUCACAUUGCCGAGCAUUAUGGCGUAUGGGGACCAUUUUUAAUUAUUUCACCGGCAUCUACGUUGCACAAUUGGCAACAGGAGAUGCAACGUUUUGUACCUGAUUUCAAUGUUGUCCCCUACUGGGGAUCGCCAAACGAACGUAAAAUUUUGCGUCAAUUCUGGGAACAAAAGGAUUUACACACAAAGGAAGCGAGUUUCCACGUUGUUAUCACUAGUUAUCAGUUAAUUGUUUCGGACUAUAAGUAUUUCAAUCGCAUCAAAUGGCAAUACAUGAUACUGGACGAAGCGCAAGCCAUUAAGAGUUCGUCGUCAGUGCGAUGGAAAUUAUUGCUGGGAUUUAACUGUAGAAAUCGUCUUCUGUUAAGUGGAACACCAAUUCAAAAUAGUAUGGCUGAGCUGUGGGCGUUGUUACAUUUUAUCAUGCCGACUCUGUUCGAUUCUCAUGAUGAAUUUAACGAGUGGUUUUCAAAGGACAUUGAAAGUCAUGCAGAAAAUAAAACGGGCAUCGAUGAAAAACAAAUUUCGCGAUUACACAUGAUUUUGAAGCCAUUUAUGUUGCGUCGCAUAAAGAAAGACGUUGAAAAUGAAUUGUCUGAUAAAAUUGAGAUUAUGAUCUAUUGUCCACUGACAAUGCGCCAGAAUUUGCUGUACUUGGCACUGAAGAAGAAAAUCCGCAUCGAAGAUUUGCUUCAAUACACCGACCGAGCAUCGGACCACGUGGUUGACAAAAAUUUUACAUCGAAUUUAAUGAACUUGGUUAUGCAAUUCCGAAAAGUGUGUAAUCAUCCGGAUUUGUUUGAGCGACGCGAUGCCAAGAGUCCAUUUUUCAUGAAAUGCCUUGAGUAUCCGAUCGCUCGACUCAUUUACGAAAACAGCACAUUACAAACUGUAAUUCCAAGCAAAGAGCAUUUGCUGUAUAAUCGGUUCAAUAUGUUCAAAGCGGAAAAUGUGCAGCGAUCCCUUUUCCCACAAAAUCCGACCGAUCGAGAAGUUGACUACGAAAAUGUCAUCGAUUUGAAUUUGGGAAAUAGUUUUUCGUUCAGUCGAUUUUGUGAUUGGAGCCCACAAGAUCUGGAAGACACACAUCUGAAGGGUACAUUGGUUGCCCUUAUUAAGCAAAACUGGAUGAAUGACACGCUAAAGUGGAUACAGCAUGCAAAAACAUGGAAUCAAAAUAUACCGUCGAAAUAUUUAUUGUUAACGGCUUCGGUGUCGUUGGCAAUAGUAUCACUAAUCGAAUCGGAGCACAGUUUAAUCUUCACGAGAUGGGUGUCUGCGCAUCCAUUUUUCACGUUUACCGAACACAUAAUACAUUCUAUGGCUGAAACGAUCGAGCAUCGAAUCAUUCGAAGUAAAUCGCAUAAAAAAAUGAAAUCCGAACCACUCAUAGAAGAGAUUAAUGAAAAAGUGUCAAAGAAAGAGGAUUGCAAUAUAUUGCCGGAGCAUCAUUAUAUUCCACGACCGCCACGGCACUUGAUAUGCGAACCAACUGCAUUGCCUGCUUUCGUCGCCGACCUUGCACCCAAAGUUCAAAGUACCCGGAGAAAAUACUAUGUCGACAGUAGAGAAGCGUCUUGGCUACGCGUCAGGAAUGAGAGUUGUGAAAGUAGGGAAGCUGCAAAGUUGUUGGGAGUUGGUUUCGACCAGUGUCGACCGUCAGUCGGAUGGUCAAACAUUCAAAUACCCGAUAAACAAGCACUCAUAACCGACUCCGGCAAACUCUCCUAUCUGGAUGGUUUACUGAAACGUCUGAAAGCACAAAACCAUCGUGUGCUCAUUUACUCACAAAUGACGCGAGUCAUUGAUUUGUUGGAGGAGUACAUGUGGCAUCGCAAACAUCGUUAUAUGCGAUUGGAUGGGUCAAGUAAGAUAUCUGCUCGUCGUGACAUGGUUGCCGAUUUCCAAAAACGAGACGACAUUUUUGUCUUCCUACUCUCAACGCGAGCUGGUGGUUUGGGUAUUAACUUGACUGCUGCUGAUACCGUCAUAUUUUACGACUCUGACUGGAAUCCAACGGUCGAUCAACAAGCCAUGGAUCGGGCGCAUCGUCUUGGUCAAACUAAACAAGUGACCGUGUAUCGAUUGAUUUGCAAAGGCACGAUUGAAGAACGAAUUUUGCAACGGGCACGUGAGAAGAGCGAGAUUCAACGAAUGGUGAUCAGUGGAGGAAACUUCAAACCGGACACACUUAAGCCAAAAGAAGUCGUGUCACUUCUACUCGAUGACGAGGAAAUUGAACUGAAAUAUCGUCAACGAAAUGAAGAGAAGAAGCGAAUGGCACAAGAAGAGAAUAUGCGAUUGGAGGCUGAGAAAGAACGCAAACGAAAGGCACUUACUAUGUCGAAAAGUGACGAGCAAAUCAAGAAAUUCCGCUCGGACAAGUCAUACGGAGAGUCAUCGUAUACAGAUUUAAGCGAAAAGAGUAGUCCAGCUGAAUCGCUGCUCGAGCAGCCAGUCAACUAUGAGUCGAGCAGUGAAACAGUGGUUGUUGAUUGUGAUAGUCUAUCGAAUUCCAGUUCACAAACCUUUUUGGUUGAUGAUUUGGCGAAUCGAUAUCGUAAACCACCACCGACACGUGGUGCAAAACGAGGCCGACCACGCGGUUCGAAGCGUGGAAAUCGUGGCGGCCUAAGCAGAGAUGCCAUUGGUACCAUAAAAACACCUGCCGCAAAUGAGAGUUCAGAUCAAUCGUAUGAAUCUACAAUCAAUCCAAAUGUGAAUAAAGUGCGAAGGGGCCCCGGUCGUCCACGACUGAAACCAAACGGUCCAAGCAAUCAAGGCAAUCGACACGUACCGAAAUACCGUAAGCCAAUGGCGCCGUUAGUUGUACCUCUUGGCUCAAGCCCAGCACCAACACCAACCGUACGAAGCCCUGCAAUGAGCCCGGAACGAUUAUAGCGCAUCGUCUCGAAAUCCCAUAAACGAAUCAUUUAGAUUAGGUGUAAAAUAAUUGUAAUAUUCAUGACAUAACAAAUCGCCGAACAAAAAAUUAUUACAGAAGCAUUCAGAAAAGUCAUUAUAUUCAUUUUUUUUUUGCUAUUGUGGUUUGGGUGCAUUAUACGGAAUGAUUUGAAAAUCUUGUAGAUUUCACAUUUUAAAAAAUUCCAAAAUUUUAUUUCGUAUUCGAUGUAAUAGAGUUUUUCGUGUCAAAGGCAAUCUAAAUAAAAGUUUCGCUCUUGUUCCAAUAUCUAUGAAAA